CAGAAGCGCUUGAACUAUAGUAACCCCAAGCCAGCUCGCGGCAAGCAGGCAGCGCAGCAGCAGCAGCAACAACGCGGCUGCGGCCGCCCCGGGGCUAGGGGAUUACGUUCAGCAAAAACUCUGCCAGGAAAGAGGCCCGGGAGCUCCCCUCCUGUCUAGCCAAGGGUGCAGGCUCUGCCGCGCCACACAACAAAAGGCCUGCGACUAAGAUGCGGGCGAAGUUCAUAAUUUCCGUACAGACUGGGGAGUCAUGCCACAAGGGAGGGCUUAAAUCUCGAGGUUCUUAGGUGUGCAAAGCAGAACUGGAGAGGGAGGCCCGAGGAACAGCCAGCACGAGAGGAAACCGCGGGCCUGUCUGCACCCCUAAUUCUUACGCUGCCUGGACGCAUGCAGUCUGGGGCUGGGUACACGAAUGAAGGGCAAAGGCGAAGUAGAGAGGGAGGGAAGCCUGGAGGCAAAGUGGACAAAGAUGCUGAGAGGCGGUGGCGGAGGGGGCCGGGACGGCGCGGCUCACAGCGGCGGCUCUUCGGCGCCGGGCCUUGGUUGCGGCGUCUUGGGAGGCGGAGGCAGCGGCGGCGGCAGCGGCCCGGCCCGUGCGGUCACCAUCGUCCGUAGCGGCAGGCGCUCACCGGCCGAGCCCCUUAGCAGCCGGCGGCGGCAGCGGCAGCCAUGGCCUCCUGCGCUCGCUCCUCCCGCCCCCGGCACUCUGCGGUGGCUGGCCCGGCUCCCGCGCUCUGCGCCUGCGCGCGGCACCGCCAGGGCUGCGCGCCCCGCCCCCCGCGCGCCCACGCUCACUCACAAUCGCGCGCUGGGUGGUUCCCGUGCCGGCUGCGGUACCCGGGCGGGAGACACAAGCUUCUCCCGACCUACACAGCCGGCUGGGGCAGCUAUGGAGACGCGUACCACGGCGACACCGGUACGCGCACUGUGA